CUCAAAUGGUAAAUUACCUGAGAGUGUUAUUUGGGCCCAAUAAUCGAUGACGGCCCAGUUUUUAUUGACGCGGUGAAUCCAGAAGGUUCUUCCAUUGUCCCGCAGCUCUGGAAUCAUCCUCUGUGAUCUUUAUCAGCACGGAAUAGAAGAGAGAUCGGAAGAAGCAGAAAUGGCGGAGUUAUCCUUCUUCGGCAACCCCUUCCGGCGCUUGCUGUGGAGUCCUCUGAUCUUGGCUGGAUCGUCUUCCCUUGCCGCCAUGGACUGGCUCGAGACCCCUUCCGCCCACAUAUUCAAGUUCGACCUCCCAGGGUUCGGGAGUGAGGACGUGAAGGUGCAGCUGGAGGAGGGGAACGUGCUCAGCGUCCAGGCGGAGGAGAAGCAAAAGGAGAAGCAGAGGCAGAAGGAAGCGGUGUGGCACGUGACGGAGCGAGGGCGGGGCAGCCUCGCGCGGCGCAUCGCGCUGCCAGAGAACGUGAGGGCGGAGCAGAUCAAGGCGCAGGUGGAGAACGGCGUGCUCACCGUCGUCGUACCCAAGGAACCCAUCCCACCGAAGGCCAAGCCCAGGACCAUCGCCGUCACCAGCAAACUCUGACGGAUCUUCGAUGCAUCGAUGAAUCCAAAACGAACUAUUGUAAAUCGUACAAAGUUAUUGCUAAAUAAAUGCCACUUUUGUGCAUGAA